AUGCGUCAUUUGGUGAGAUGGGUCUACGAAUCUCUUCAUCAUGCACUCUCCUAUCAAAUAAAAUUCUCCAAAGUCAAGAUAUUCAUAAAAACCCAAUUAUUCUUCGUAUCUACUCAUUGUCAGCUGCCUAACGAAGUGGUUGAGAUGAAGCGAACUCCGACUGAGGCCGAAAUAGAUGCGUUAUGGUGGCAUCUACGAAGAACAUUUGCCGUGAAAAGCCCUGGCAACGCCAACACCGCCAUCGGCAACCCUCCACCUGUGACCAUGAGCCCAGUCACCACCAGGUCAACUAUCCCGGUUGCAUUUAGUCCGCAUGGCAUAGGCAUCAGUCCUGGCUGGAGGGGUGUGAUGCCGCUGGAUGUUGCUGACGAAACAGUUGGUCUUCACGACAUUGGCCGACCGACCCGACCCAGCGACGCCUCGAAUCGGUUGUCGGGCUCCUCGGCCGUUUGGCCUGGGCGAGAAUCUGAGCUGAAAGCGCCACCUUCCGCCUCUCCAAGUCUGCAACAGAUGAGGCCGCUUCUGCAACCGUCGAAUUUGACUCAACACUUUUUCGGUCCAUCGCAACCGUCAAACGUCCGAGAACCGCCCGUCCAGCCAACCGGCCAGACAGACAACCAAUCGGGCCGUCGUGUAGGACUUCGACGACAGCACAGUUCUCUGGUCGUCCGUCCUCCAGGCCUGGAGCUCGGAAAGGGCAGGAGUGCUUCAGGCUCGUUUCAUUAUCGUCGAGGCGAGAUCGUAGGUUGUCCCAGAGUCUGUGAACCCACGUCCAGAUCUCCGAUAGACCAGUCUCCUGAACAGAUGAUCGACGCUUCUCCGCCUCCGAGGGCUCGUUAUUCCUUGGCUUCUCAUCCGGCCACUUCUCCAAGGCCGUUGGAUGCGUUCCUCGACGAGCAACCGGGCGACAUGAGCGCCUGGCGGAUGCAGGUAGGCAAGUAUCACCUCGUUUUCCAUAUCAAAGUAGAGUUUCGAGACUACGAGUAA